CCUUCACAUAUUUUCCUUUUCCUUCCUUCAAUUUCACUGUUCUUGUCUUCGCCUUCAAUCAUUCCAAUCUUCUCUUUCAUCCCUUUUCUUUAUUAUCUUCCAUUGCCGAUUCCGAUUCGGUACACACUGUUUUCCUUUCCUUUCUUUUCUUUUCUUUUUUUCCCGAGAAAAUUAGAGUGUUCCAGUUCUGGUUUCUCCUUAUUGAUCGUCACAACCUCUUCCAAUAACUCAACCCCAGCGAUAAUAAAUUUUCUGGGUUUCUUUGUUUUUGGGAAAAUCAAAAGUGUGAGAAAAAAAAAAAGACUUUUAUUUUGGGUUUUGGAUACUUUCCUCCGUUUUCUCAGUGACCAAACGGAGGAGAAGAUAGUUGUUAAAAAGAUUGGAAAAUGCUGGGGACUGCACUGCAGUUUGGGGGUGUUCGUAGUGAGGAUCGGUUUUACAUUCCGGUGAAGGCAAGGAAGAACCAGAACCAGCGUAAACAAGCUCAGAGAGCCAAGAAUGGCGAAAAUGAAAGUGAAAAUUCAACUCCAAAGAACAAGCUUGAUGUUUCUGAGGAUAACGAAUCUUUGUACUCCUCAACAAAACCAACUCUUUGUCCUUCUGUGGAGUCUGUUAGUAAUAUUGAUAGGUUCUUGGAGUCCACAACACCGUUAGUCCCAGCUCAGUAUUUCUCUAAGACAACAAUGAGGGGUUGGAAGACUUGUGAUGUCGAGUAUCAGUCUUACUUCACCCUGAAUGAUCUCUGGGAAUCCUUUAAGGAAUGGAGUGCAUACGGAGCAGGAGUCCCUUUGCUACUUGAUCAAAGUGAAUCUGUUGUUCAAUAUUAUGUUCCAUAUUUGUCAGCUAUUCAACUAUAUGGUCAAACUGCUGAGAAGUCCAGUGCCAAACCAAGGUAUACCAGUGAAGAUAGUGAUGGUGAUUACUACAGAGAUUCAUGUAGUGAAGGAAGCAGUGAUUAUGAAUAUGGAAAAAGGAUUGAACGUUUUAUAGCACAUAGAAGAAGUCAAUAUGUGACAGGUGGUGCCUCUUUUCAAAUGAGCAGGCUGUCUAUGCAUGAUAAACACAAUACUGUGCAAGAAGGCUUUUCUAGUGAUGACAGUGAAACUGGGAAUCCUCAAGAUCUGCUUUUUGAGUAUUUGGAACAAGAUCCUCCUCAUAACCGUGAACCGCUGACUGACAAGAUAUUAGAUCUUGCACACCACUAUCCUGCCCUCAGGUCAUUGAGAAGUUGUGAUUUACUGCCAGGCAGUUGGAUGUCUGUGGCAUGGUAUCCUAUAUAUCGAAUACCCACAGGUCCAACAUUAAAACAUUUAGAUACCUGCUUUCUAACAUACCAUACCCUCCACACACCCUUGACAGGAAGUGGUCGUACUCAGGCUCCAACACUGGUUUAUCCCAGUGAGGUGGAUGGGAUACCAAAGAUUAUCAUACCUACUUUUGCAAUGGCUUCCUAUAAGUUAAAGGGAUCUAUUUUGAUGAAAAAAGGAGUUAGUGAGAGUCAACUAGUGAAUUCCCUCUUGCAGACUGCUGAUAACUGGUUAAGGCUAGUUCAGGUGAAUCACCCUGAUUAUCAGUUCUUUAAAUCACAUGGCACGCACCUCAGAUGAACUGAAUGAGAUGACAUGUCAGUUCCAUCCUCUUGGGUAAAACUAAGACUUAAAUUCUGCGUUCAUUGCUUGGUGCAAACUUGAUAAAAAGUCCAACAUCUGUAGAGAUUGUGUUUGGCGUGGGGACUGCUAAACAUGCCUAAGCAGCACAAAGAUGAAGCUGAUCUCAAGCGAAGAAUUCAUAGAGAUUGCUAAAGUGAAAAUGACAAAAAAUAAAAUAAAAUAAGUUGUUUAAUAUGAGGGAAAAACUAUCAGAUAAGUGGAGGGCCUUAAUGAAAAGGGAGAAAAGAUAGAUAUAAAAAGUGGCUAUGGCAAACAGGUUCACUGGGAGGAUAUGUGGGAUUAAGCCAGACUGUACAAGCCUUUUCAGUUCAAUAAUGGUUGAGACCCCUUUAAUUUUAAGACAUGAAUAUUUACAGAUAUUGAUGUUGUGAUUUAGAAGAUACUCAGAUUGCAGUGUACCAAGGCCCAAUUUUUCUGAGGAUUAUCAUGUUGCUCUGGUGAGAGGCGAGGAGAUGGCACUGUACAAUAUUUUGUAGUUUUUAAAAAUAGUGUUACACUCUUAAGAUGUUAAUCGUUUGGGAUGCCUAGUGGGGGAUAAGCAUAUGUUGUUGUUGUUGUUGUUGUUGUUGUUGUACUCUUAAGAUGUUAAUAAUUAGCUCGAUGAAGG